AUGCCAUCUUCGUCUGGAUCAUUCCGGGCCAUGCUAGUGGCUCUAUGGCUUAUUUUCGCUCUUUUACCCGGCUUUUCUGACGGCCAUUCGAGGUCUAUCGGACGUCGUAGACAGUUCAAGAACUCAUCACCGCCCACUAAAGCAUUGUCGCUCUGUGGGCCAAACUGUCCCUCGUGCGCUGUCAGCUUAAACGCUCCACCCAAACUUUCGACUGCUAAAAACGGGGCAAAGGGUGGAUCACUACCUAAGCGGGUGCUAGCAAGACCAGAGGAUGAGGAUUUCGGAGGGGAUGUCGAAUCGUUCUUGGUGAGCCAAUACAUGAGAGCGGAUUGGGUUCCUCAUGGUAACCAGGGUCUGCCAUCAGCUCUGUUCAAGGAGUUAGGAAAUAAGAAGUUCAAUUUGGCAGUGCGCGAUCUAUGGGGAUGUGCCUCGGUGGUAGUGGUUUCAGAAAAGGGGAUAUGGAUGUCGCAUAUCUGGGAAAAUCCCUCAUUCGGUAGAGAAGUUCUAUGUAAUGGAUGGGCGCCCAGUGAGGACAACGUCUUUAUAAACACUGUCCUCAAACCACUGGCCGAUGGCAAUGAACAGAUGCCUGGCCUGACACAGUUUACGCAGGGCAAUGGUGCAUUCAUCGCUGAGUAUAAGCCAUUUGCUUAUAUCUUCUACCCGUCAUGGUCCCGAUACGCUCAGUAUGACCGUGUAUAUACGGCUAGGAUCAAUGAUAUUAGCCACAAACUCGAACGGCUCCUUCCACUGAGCGUACCACCUCUCAUUUACCAAUAUGACCGCGCUGGAGGCGAUCUCCUGUCAUCAAAAGGAAAGGUUCUGUUUCAAUACGAGCCUAACGAAAGAGUGUUACAGACCAAGAAUGGCCCACUGCAACAGGCUAGGUCUGCUGGCAAUGCCAAUGCGAAACGGGAUACCUCGCCUAGUCCGACGAUUGGAACACCGGAUUCAAUACCAAACGUGACGCUUAGUCGUCCGGAGACUACGGUUACGCCCCAGACCAUCCCAGCUCUAGAUAGAUUGGCCAUCGACGACCGCAGUGAAGACUUCUACUGCAACUCGGAAUGA